CGAAUCUACUGGCUGCUUCUCCCGCGCCCUCUCCUCCCCUAUAAAGCAGACCACCCCCUCGCAUCAGUGGCAUCACACCUCCACAACAUCAUUCGCACAGCCCACUCUGCUUCACACACGCAGGGAGAAGAGACAGGGCCAAGAAGGAAUGGCGGGCGAGAAGAAGGGUCUCCAGCUCCUGGACUUCUGGGUGAGCCCGUUCGGGCAGCGCUGCCGCAUUGCGCUGGCGGAGAAGGGCCUCCCGUACGAGUACCUGGAGCAGGACCUGCGCAACAAGAGCGAGCUGCUCCUCCGCGCCAACCCGGUCCACAAGAAGGUCCCGGUCCUCCUCCACGACGGCCGCCCCGUCUGCGAGUCCCUCAUCAUCCUCCACUACCUCGACGAGGCGUUCCCGGACAAGCCCGCGCUCCUCCCCUCCGACCCCUACGCGCGCGCGCAGGCCAGGUUCUGGGCCGACUACGUCGACAAGAAGGUCUACGACUGCGGGUCCCGGUUGUGGCGGCUGAAGGGCGAGCCGCAGGCGCAGGCGCGGCAGGAGAUGCUGGAGAUCCUCAGGACGCUGGAGGGCGAGCUCGGGGACAAGAAGUACUUCAGCGGCGAGGCGUUCGGGUUCGUGGACGUCGCGUUCGUGCCAUUCACGGCGUGGUUCCUCAGCUACGAGCGGUUCGGAGAGUUCAGCGUGGAGGAGGUGUGCCCGAGGCUGGCGGCGUGGGCGAAGCGGUGCGGGGAGCGGGAGAGCGUCGCCAAGAGCCUGCACCCGCCGGAGAAGGUGUACGAGUUCAUCGCCAUGCUGAAAAAGACGUACGGCAUCGAGUGAACCAGCUACGUACGCGUGUCGGAGAGUUUCUUGAUAUGGUUGGUAUGGUGUGAUGAGCUCUGUUAGUGUGUUUGGUCGUCGUCAUUGUUGGGUUGAGCUGUUUACUUGUUUGUGUGUGUGCGUGUGUGUGUGUCUCGAACUGGUGCGUGCAGGGCGGCAGCACCGAGUUGCCUCCUUCGCUCCAUGUGCGGUUGCUGAAUAAAGGACUACUCCUGGAUUUCUUUGUGCGA